AUGAUGAUGCAUAACGGGAACAACAAUUACAAAAACGGGGUGUUGGCAUCGGCAUCGGCGGCGACGACGUCCAUGACCAUGAUGUUGUCUUCAUCCAUGAAAAAUGAGCAAGCUCAGGGGUUCAAGACGUACUUCAAGAACCCAUGGGGGUGGUACAAGUUCCAUUACGAGAAGACUCCUAAGGGCAUAUAUUUGAUCCAAGGAAUCGGUGCUGGUAUCAUCCGUACUGUUCUGGAUGUCAAUGUGCUUGAUGAAGUUAUUCAAGUAUCAAGUGAGGAAUCUAUUGAAAAUGCUAAGCAGCUUGCAUUGAAAGAAGGCUUGUUGGUGGGGAUUUCAUCUGGUGCGGCGGCAGCUACUGCAAUAAAGUUGGCACAGAGGCCAGAAAAUGCUAGAAAGCUCAUUGUUGUGGUUUUUCCUAGCUGCAGAGAGCGUUAUCUGUCUUCUCCGCUCUUUGACUCCAUCAGGCGUGAGGUAGAAAACAUGACUUAUGACUGA